AAUUUCUCUUACUUUCCUUUUCCUGGAUAGGCAUUCUUGUGCCCCCCAGGACAGAGGGACGUUGAGAUUUCACAUAAAUGCCGAGCUUGAGCUUUAUAUCAAGUCACUCAAACAUCGGUCGGCUUUUAGACGACGUCGACGUGCUCAAAACUUAAUGCCUCAUGGCGUUUUGUAGUGGUCAUUCCAUCACUCUAUGUUUGAAUCCACUCCAAAAUGGCUGAGAAAGGAAUUAUUCGAUCCCUCUAGCUUUUUGCUGCUACGCAAUCAAUCGUAUACUAAGACGAACAAGUCCACUCGAUUUGUAUUCGAUGAGUUCGAUGGAGUUUCAAACUUUCAUGGCGUGAGAUUCACAUGCUUGCUCAAUCGCAGGAAAACUUAAUUAUAAAUUGCUCCGCGGUUGGCAAGGUUGAGUGUUGCGUGUCUUUAUUUCAGAGUUUCCAAUGACUCUGGGUAGGUUGAUUAUUAUCUUUGAGCUCUUGUCUUAAUUUUCACGUAUUGGAGCUUUGGAUUGGUUGGCGAAGCAAAGUUAUGGCAGUAGCGGCGUUUGUCGGAUCGGCUGCCCUGGGAGCAGCAUUUGGAGAGGCAUUUGCUGAGUUGUAUUCAAUGGUUGAGGGUGUGAUAAGCAAAACCCUUGCAUUCAAAUCCAUUCUCCAACAUCUGAAAACCACGCUAGAUCUGUUAGAUUCACUGGUUAAAGAUAUAGAACGAUUAAACAGAGAAUUAAUGGGUCGGUCAGAGAAGGAAACAGAGGACCUGAUCCAACAAAUGAACAAGGGCAAGAAGCUCGUAAGUGAGUGCUCGAACCUUACACGGGGGAAACCCCUCGCGAUGAUCAGAUACGCUUCUUAUGCGAACAAGCUUCGCAGUUUGGACGAGGCCCUUUGCAGGUUCUUCCAGAUUGAUAUACAAGCAUUGGGUUUUAGGAUUCAGAUGGAGAUUUUGAGGAGGGUGGAUGAUCUUUCUGCGCAGAGGAAUUCGGCUGGGAUAAAUGGUGUGUUGCCGUCAUGUGCGGUUCCUGAACCCCCUGAUUUUACUAUUGGGUUGGAUGUGUCUUUGAAGGAAUUGAAGAUGGAGCUGCUGAAAGAAGAGGUAGUGAUGCUGGUGUUGACUGCUCCCGGAGGAUGUGGGAAGACCACAUUGGUUAAAAUGCUCUGUCAGGAUGAGGACAUCAAAGGCAAAUAUGAGAUUUUCUUUGUCAUAAUUACAAAAACUCCAAACCUGAAGGACAUUAUACGAAGGGUUUUUUGCCAUAAGGGUGUUCGAGUUCCUGAGUUUCAAAGUGAUGAAGAUGCAAUAAACCAUCUGAAGCAACUGCUGAAUCGAAUUAAGCAACAAAAUCCUAUAUUGUUGAUCCUGGAUGAUGUCUGGUCUGGAUCAGAAUCCCUCCUUGAGAAGUUUAAGUCCCAUAUGACAGGUUCUAAGAUUCUAGUAACUUCAAGAACUGCAUUUCCAAGGUUUAGCUGUAAAUAUAAGUUAGAACCUUUAAGUGAUGAGGAUGCAACAAAACUUUUUCGCCACUCAGCAAUUCUGCAAGAUGGUAACUCUUACAUUCCGGAUGAUGAUACUGUCAAAAAGAUAGUGAAAUUCUGUGGGGGGUUUCCACUGGCCCUGGAAGUGAUUGGUAGUUCUCUCCGUGGUGUGUCUGCAGCAACCUGGGAAAACAGAAUGCGGAACUGGACUUCUGGUGAUUCUAUUCUUGAUUCUGUGCCGGAAGAUGAUCUGCUUAAACGUCUCCAAAGCAGUCUAGAAUUCUCAGAUAAGGAUGUCAGGCCAAGCAUGAGGUCAUCAUGAAGGAGUG